AUGGAAUUGUACCUAGUUGGGGAAGAUUUGUGGGACAUCGUCGUAGACGAUGAUGAUGUAGCUUUUGAGGAUGUUGCUGAAAAUGCAGAAGCAUCGAAGAAGCGGAAGAGACUCAACGCGAAGGCAGAAUUUAUGUUGAAGAGGUCAAUCUCCCACAAUCUGUUUGAGCACAUCAUCGGUUGUGGAUCUGCUCGUGAGAUCUGGGAAACGCUUGAUCAUCUUUUCAAUAAGAAGAACGAGGCUCGUCUCCAGAUGCUUGAAAAUGAGUUGGCAGCCGCAACGCAAAUCAGAUUUGUCUCAGAGUUCUUUCUUAAGAGGCUUGAACAAAGAGACAUAUUGUUCGAGGACUUUGACCUGAAUAUACACCAUUCAUCACAUCGAUUCAAGUCGUUGGCCGCACAAAUGGCUGGAACGAGUAUAAAGGAGGAGUCGAACAAUGCGUUCUUCGUGAAGAAAUCGAGUUGGAAAAAGAGAAAGUCGAAGAAGGAGGAAACAUGUCAGGAUUCUUCAAAUAUCCCUAAAAAGCCCCUUAAGUGUUUCAGGUACGGCAAGAAUGGACACUUUAAGAGAGAUUGUCGAGUAAAUUUGAAUGGAAAUUUCGUUGGUUCAAAUCUCGGAGAAAAGUCUGAUCAACGUGUUGAGGAGGACUGGGAUAAGGCUUUUCAUGUCGAUGUGACGACUUCGAAGGAAAAGAAAACAGAGGCUUCUCAUGGUAAACAGGAGAUCGAUCAAAGGUGGAUCGUCGAUUCAGGGUGCGGACAUCAUGUUACUGGAGAUGAUUCGGUGUUAUCGUCGAGUCGAGUUCAUAAUGGGGGUGGUGGCAUUGUCACGACAGAUAACUCGGUUCACGAAGUUAAAAAGGAAGGAUCGGUUGUCAUUGAAAGCGACAAAGGAGAAUCUAUUACUCUAAAGAAUGUCUACCACUUCCCAAGAAUUCAGAAGAAUCUCUUCUCGAUUGCAAAUGCUGUAGACGCUGGAAAUCUGGUGUUGUUCGGUCCACAUGAUGUGAAGUUCUUAAGGAACGUGAAAGAAAUCAAGGCGAAUGUGGUUCAUACUAGAACUCGGGUAAAUGAUCUCUUUGCCCUUUCAGCUUCAAAUUCGUAUAUAGAAAAAGUGAACGACAAAAGCACCUCUUUUCUAUGGCAUGCAAGACUUGGGUAUGUCAAUAUGACUAAGCUCAGUGUUAUGUCUCGAAAGAAACUUGUCGAAGGUCUACCUGAAGAUCUGAGAAUUGAAGAGGGCAACUCAAGAAGGAGCAAAUUGGAUGUGAAGGCAGUCAAAUACGUGUUUGUCGGCUAUGACCAGAGAAGGAAAGGGUGA